AUGUUUUCAAGAUUGAUUCAAGAAAAUAUUCAGGAGACAAACAGCGAUGGUUAUGGCCAAAUGGGUGGCGGAGACCCAUGUUUGGACAACCGGAUUAAGAAAUUUAAGUUUGCUUUUCCUAAUCAAAAUUAUAAUUAUUUGACAUGUAUGAACACGUCUAAAUUUGCAGAAGCUACCCCAAAGGCUUUACUGCGGACAAUGGGUGUUAAGGGACUGACUCUAUUUCAUUUGAAGAGUCACCUCCAGAAAUACAGAAUGGGUAAGCAACAGGGGAAAGAUCUUGGCGAGGCUUCAAAAGAUUGUCUUUCCGCUUCAUAUCUUCUGGAUGCCCCUCACUCAAGCAGUCCUAAAAACUUGCCAGAUUCUGACAUCACCGAGGGCUUUGAAGUCGAGGAGGCAUUAAGAGCACAAAUGGAAGUUCAAAGCAAACUGCACUUGCAAGUUGAAGCUGAAAAACAUUUGCAAAUUCGUCAAGAUGCUGAGAGAAGGUAUAUGGCUAUGCUGGAGCAAGCCUGCAAGAUGCUGGUCGAUCAAAUUAUUGGAUCUGCAGUCAUAAAUGACGAUGGAGAGGGUUAUCAAGAGAAAGGAACAGAGUCAACCCCUAGCGCUUCCCGUAAUCCAAUUAGAUCGUGCAAAUCGUCAUCUAUCAACGAAUUGGGAAUCCAGUGCCCUGAACAUGUGUCUCCUGAAGUUCGUACUCAACAUGCUGUUCAUUCAACUGAAAGCUGCCUUACCUCCUAUGAGAUUCCUGUAGGAUCUUCACCAGAAAGAAAGAGGCAAAUGCUGAACAUGGAUUUGACAACUGUCUUUCAUAUCGGGUGAAUCGGAUUUCAGAAACCCAGAUUUGCACGUGGUACAAGUUAACUCGCGUGGAAAUAUUGGUGUAUAAAAAUUAAAAAAAAUGUAACUACGCUCCUAUUUCAUUUCCGUUGUUUCUUGGAUUUGAAACAGGCUGAGUUCUCCUGUGGAAUGUUUGGUUCCGGAAUUAGAUAGCAUUUGGCAGUACUGAUGAAGAAAAAAAAGUUAAAAUCUUAUCCAAUGUACUAUAUGAUCGAGUUCUAGUCAGUACUGUAAGUCAGAUCCACUUCGUCUUUUAUGAAAUUGGCAGACAACAUAGUUGAACUAUCUUAGCUGAAGUUGUAAACCGAAACUGCUGAUGUUUUCAUAUCAAGAUUGGACCUCUUUCUAUUACUAA